AUGUCACAACCCCAACCAGAAGAGACUGCCUCACAAGGCACCAACCAACCAGCUCAGCCUCAGCAUGAAGACUUAAACCUCCGACUCUACAGGACAGAAACUCGAGCAACACUCCAGAACAUCGGCGUAUCGGAAAACCCACCACCAAUCGACGUCAACUAUCCCGAAGUCGGACGGACAAGCCAACCCCUCUUCCCUGAAGAAUACACCAUCGAAACAGUCACAGGUCUCGUGCCACAACGUACCCUCGAGCAGAUCCGAUCCAGAGCAGAACUACCCAGCUCCAGCUCCUCGUCAGAUGAGGAACAACCCGACCCAGAGAAGAAAGCAGGCGAAGCCCCGGUCGAAUUCGUGACCUUCACGAUCGCCGACCCCGAGAAUCCCCACAAUUGGUCGGAUGUCUACCGAUGGUACAUCACGCUGAUGGCGUCCAUGUUAGUUGUGUGCAUUGCAUUCGGCUCCUCAAUCGUCACUGGUGGCCUAGGUCUGAUCGAAGAUAAAUACAACGUCUCCCUCGAGGUUGCCAUCCUGACCUGCUCCAUCAUGGUGUGCGGCUUCGCCGUUGGCCCUCUGCUGUGGUCCCCACUCUCCGAGAUCAUCGGCCGACGACCCGUCUACAUCAUCUCAUUGGCCCUCUACACCAUCUUCAACAUUCCCUGUGCCCUCUCGCCCAACAUCGGUGGCCUCCUAGCCUGCCGCUUCCUGUGCGGCGUCUUCUCCAGCUCCGGCCUCUCCCUCGCUGGCGGCACCAUCGCCGACAUCUGGAACAUCGAGGAACGGGGCAUGGCGAUCGCGUACUUCGCGGCUGCGCCAUAUGCGGGCCCUGUCUUAGGCCCGAUCGUAUGUGGGUGGAUCAACAUCGGUACGGGACGCCUCGACCUCUUCUUCUGGGUCAACAUGGGUUUUGCCGGCGUGAUCAUGAUCCUGAUCGGUCUGAUUCCCGAAACUUAUGCGCCCGUGAUCCUUAAACGGCGCGCGGCACGCCUGCGCAAAGAAACGGGCGACCCAAACAUCAUCACGGAGCAAGAAAAGACCAAACUGACCCUCAAGCAAAUCGUUCGCACCAGCCUGGUCCGCCCCAUCACGAUGAUCCUGACCGAGCCCGUCCUCGACCUGAUGUGCAUGUACAUCGUGCUGAUCUACGCGAUGCUGUAUGCCUUCUUCUUCGCGUACCCAGUCAUCUUCGGCAAGCUGUACGGCUACAACGACGGGCAGAUUGGCCUGAUGUUCAUCCCGAUCCUGAUCGGCGCGGGCUUCGCCCUCGUCACCACGCCCUACAUCGAGAAACAGUUCCGCGCCAUCUGCGCGAGACGUACCCCGACGCCCGAGGACCGCCUGGUCGGUGCUCUCAUCGGCGCCCCCUUCAUCCCCGUCAGCCUUUUCAUCCUCGGCGCCACCUCCUACCACCAUAUCAUCUGGGUCGGGCCUGCUUCGUCCGGUCUCGCCUUCGGCUACGGCAUGGUGCUGUGCUACUACUCCGUCAACAACUAUAUCAUCGACUCAUACCAGAAAUAUGCGGCGUCCGCUCUGGCCGCGAAAGUCUUCUUGCGCUCGGGCGGUGGAGCGGCCUUCCCACUGUUCACCACCCAGAUGUACGACCGCUUGGGGUUGAACUGGGCGUCGUGGUUGUUAGCCUUCAUUGGUGUCGGAAUGGUGUUUAUCCCUUUUUGCUUCUACAUCUGGGGUGGAAAGCUCAGGGCCAAAUUGAGCAAGGACUAG